GGCGAGGUGGAUCCGUGGAUGCGCCUCUGGGGCUCGAACUGGAGAUGGAAUUGCUGAUAUUAUUAUUUAAUUCCCUGUGGAUAUUGCAAUGCAACACAGUGGGCGCCGACUCCAUCAUCCACAUCGGUGCGAUAUUUGAAGAGAACGCAGUGCGGGACGAUGAGGUGUUUCAGCUUGCCGUGUCUGACCUCAGUCUGAGCGAUGACAUCCUGCACAGCGAAAAGAUCACGCAUUCCAUAAAGCUCAUCGAGCCCAACAACCCUUUCCAGGCGGUGCAGGAAGCCUGCGAGCUGAUGAACCAGGGCAUCCUGGCGUUGGUUACCUCGACAGGCUGCGCCUCGGCCAGCGCCCUGCAGUCUCUCACGGACGCCAUGCACAUCCCACACCUGUACAUCCAGAGGAACAGUGACGGCUCUCCCAGAACGGCCUGCCAGUUCAACCCGAGCCCCGGAGGGCAGCGCUACACGCUGGCAGCACGGCCGCCAGUACGCCUCAACAAUGUCAUGCUGACGCUGGUGGAGGAGCUGCGCUGGCAGAAGUUCAUUGUGUUCUACGACAUCGACUACGAUAUCCGUGGCCUGCAGGGUUUCCUCGAUCAGACAUCCCGUCAAGGUGUUGAUGUUGCGUUGCAGAGGGUGGACAGGAACAUCAGUAAAGUCUUCACCAACCUCUUCAGCACCAUGAGGACGGAGGAGCUGAACCGGUACCGGGACACGUUACGCAGAGCCAUCCUUCUGCUCAGUCCGCAGGGGGCGCAUACAUUCAUCCAGCAGGCUGUGGAAACAAAUUUGGCUUCCAAGGACAGUCACUGGGUGUUUGUGAAUGAGGAAAUCAGUGACACAGAGAUCCUGGAGCUGACCCACAGUGCGCUGGGGCGUAUGACUGUGAUCCGACAGAUUUUCCCGCUGUGGAAGGACAGUAGCACCCGGUGCAUGAGGCAGAACCACCGGAUCUCCUCGCUGCUGUGCGACCCACAGGAAGGAUACCUGCAGAACCUGGAGGUGUCCAACCUCUACCUGUAUGACAGUGUGCUGAUGCUGGCCAACGCUUUCUACAGGAAGCUGGAGGACAGGAAGUGGCACAGCAUGGCGAGUCUAAACUGCAUCAGAAAGUCCACCAAGCCAUGGAACGGGGGCUGGUCCAUGCUGGAGACCAUUCAGAAGGGGAACAUCACAGGUCUGACAGGAAUGAUGGACUUUAAGGACAGCGGCUCAAACCCCCACGUCCAGUUUGAGAUCCUUGGUUCCAGCUUCAGCGAGACCUUUGGCAAGGACAUCAAAAGGCUGGCGACAUGGGACUCAGUUCACGGACUGAACGGCAGUCUGAAGGAGAGUCGGAUAGAGAACGGGAUGCAGGGGCUGACUGUUAAAGUGGUCACUCUGCUGGAGGAUCCUUUCGUCAUGGUGGCAGAGAACAUCCUCGGGCAGCCCAAGAGAUAUAAAGGAUUCUCCAUUGACGUCCUGGAUGCCCUCGCUAAGAUCCUGGGCUUUAAAUAUGAGAUCUACCAGGUUGCAGACAGCAAAUACGGUUCUCAGCUUCCCAACGGCUCUUGGAAUGGGAUGAUCGGGGAUCUCAUCAAUAAGAGAGCUGACCUCGCCGUGUCAGCCAUCACCAUCACACCAGAAAGGGAAAAUGUGGUCGACUUCAGCAAGCGUUACCUUGACUACAGCGUCGGCAUCCUUCUGCGAAAACCUGAAGAGAAGAUCAACAUCUUCUCCCUGUUUGCACCAUUUGACCUGGCAGUGUGGGCCUGCAUUGCCGCUGCUAUCCCGGUGGUGGGAGUGCUCAUCUUCCUGCUCAACAGGUUGCAGGCUCUGCGCUCCUCCUCAUCCCAGAAUGGACCACCUGGUCAUCUAUCCAAUGGAGUGGGGUCGGGCACACUGCACAGCGCCAUCUGGAUUGUUUAUGGAGCGUUUGUUCAGCAAGGAGGUGACGGUGUAGUCGGCUCAGUGGCACUGAGGAUCGUCAUGGGCAGCUGGUGGCUCUUCACACUCAUUGUGUGUUCAUCCUACACCGCCAACCUGGCAGCGUACCUCACAGUGUCACGCAUGGACAACGCCAUAAGGUCAUUCCAGGACUUGGCGAGGCAGAUUGAUGUGGACUACGGCACAGUGAGAGACUCUGCUGUCUAUGACUACUUCAGGAACAAAGGCACCAACCCUCUGGAGCAGGACAGCACAUAUGCAGAGCUGUGGAGAACCAUCAGCAAGAACGACGGCAUGGACUACUCUGUAUCCAGCCCGUCAGAAGGCAUUCGCAAGGCAAGGAAGAGUCCCUACGCCUUCCUGUGGGACAUGGCGGUGCUAGAGUAUGCGGUGUUGACAGAUGAUGACUGCACCGUCACUGUUUCAGGAAACAGCAUGAGCAGCAAAGGCUACGGCAUCGCCAUGCAACACGGCAGCCCCUACAGAGACCUCUUUUCUCAGAAGAUCUUGGAGCUGCAGGAGAAAGGCGACCUGGACAUCAUGAAGCAGAAGUGGUGGCCUCGCAUCGGCCGCUGCGAGCUCAGCAGCCACGCCAGUGCCCACCCUGACGGCCGCUCCCUCAAGCUGCACAGCUUCGCUGGCAUCUUCUGCAUCCUGGCUGCCGGCCUCCUUCUGGCCUGCCUGGUUGCUGGCUUGGAAGCGUGGUGGAACAGCAACCGCUGCCGGCAGGAGCAGCCCAAAGAGGUCACUAAGGAUUACAGACUGGCAAGGGUUUCUGGUCCAUUGACAUAUAAUGACAUUACAACUGCUUCAUCGGAGGGGAGAAGGGACAUUUGGACAGACAGAGAGAGAGGCUGGGAUGAAGCAGAAGCAAUUGAUACAGGACAAGGAGGUGAAUCUGGAACAGGUGCAUCGUCGUAUGAACAGUCUUUUGGACGAGGACUUGGCCCACAAGCAGAUCCCCGGUCCCUCUAUCGAGAUCUCUGCGCUGGACAUCGGCAGCAUGCAGCCCAGCCAGGCCUCUCUGGUGCCGGGCCCGGAGUCUGUGCGGGACUACCAGUCAUCGGCUCUCACUGUGACCACCUACCUGCCCGGGGAGGGACCCCCACCUCCCCCUCUUCCCCACCCUCACCAUGGGGGGACCCUAGGCAGGACACUGCCCCCGUCCCAGGUCCCUGGCAGCACCACAUUGCCCCCGCACCACCCUCUCAGCAGCACCAGCCUCAGCGGCACCAUGCAGUGCAAACACCGGGCUCCCAACGGGGGGCUCUUCCGGCAGAGCCCUGGCAAGACACCCAUGCCAAUGUCUUACCAGGCAGUCUCCGCAGGACCCAUACCCGAAGCCAUUGAUCCCACCCACAGUACAUCCAUAUAGAGACAGGAUGGGAUGGGAGGGCAGGGUGGGGUGGUUGCUCUGGACUUUAUCCAGGUUAGCAUGUGAGAUGGGUUGGGAAGCUUUAGAAAGGAAAAACACAAAUGUAUAAAUUAGAAACAUUUUGUAUCGUACCAUCAGUUAAGGAAAGAUGUUUAAAAGAGAAAAAAAAAACCGGGGGAGGGGAAUAGGGUGCAUCAGGCUGUAAUUUUUCUGUACAUAUCUGUAAAUAUCAAGACAACGAGUGAGGUCAAAGUGUAUUUUGAAUAUUCUCAAUUUUUGAAGUUGAGUUAUAAAAAACAAAAAGAUAAAAAAUCUAUAUCUAUACAUUGAUGAAACGUUCUGACUGUUUGAAUGGCUUUGUAAAUUUUGUUCAAUUAAAAACAAUGAUGCGGAUUUCAUUGUGAUUGUUUUCUAAGUGCCGAAAUCAAACGAUGUCUCUCUACAACUCAUCAGUGUAAACGACUGCCCAUGAUGCACUGCUGUAGGGACAUUGUAGAGUUGGACACCUACUGUUAUGCACCUCUGUACCAAACCUAUAUCCAGUAUACCUUCAGACGCAUUGGACCGAAAUAAUCACUUUUUUCCCAUUUGUAUUAUUAUAAAAUAGACUUGUUUUUUUUUUUCAAAGCUGAUGUCUACAUGUGUUCUUUUUUGUUAUAUUUGCUGUAAACGGUGUAAGAGGAAAAUAUGUUUUUGUUUCACACACAGUUGAAUACAUAGUUUAUAUGGAUAUUUUCUGUUUGGCGUCACUUAAUAAAAGAUGAAUGAAAGGAAAAGUAGAGCAAGAUGGAUAAGACUUUAGGCUGUUAUCAUAGCGGCACCACUUGUAAUUCAAAGGAAAAACUGCUACUUUAUUACUGUUAGACUUUGGUUUACUUUAUGUUCCUAUUCAAGGAAUCCGACUUAGCAGAUAAAGGUGACAUAUUUUCAUACUAUGAUCAAGGAAAUUGGUUCUACAAAUGGAAUUCUUUCUUUUCAAUUGCAGCUUAGAUAUGUUUAGAGAUUCACUGAAUAGGCAUUUCCGAAUUGCUAAUAACUGAUUUCGGGAUGUCUUUGAGGCCAAUUCUGAUUCUGACUUAUCCAGAUUUCCCUUUUUUUUCUUCUCAGGACUGAUACAUAAAGGAGAAGAAAAUGUGCUGCAGGUUGCUCUGAUAGAGGAAGCUUAAAGCAUAUAUCCUAAACUUUUAUCCAUUAUUUUUAACUCAGUGUGUGUUAAAAGAAUGUGCUGUUAGUUUGAUGUAUUUAUACACCAAUAAUAGUGGGAGUUCUUAGUUUUGGUGCAUUUAGUGAAUAGAGGAAAGAAAUAUAUAUAUAUUUUUUUGUCUCUGACCAAGUGAUACCUGAUACCAGAAACAACUGUGUGAAAAUUAGUCAGUUUAUUGGUGCAUCUUUAGGAUGAGCUGCCAAAGCAUAAAGACAAAAUACUGAGUUAUCCUAACUCAUAGUUUUGCCUAUGCCAAUUUUUAUUUGUAAUUCUGCAAAGAAGCAACCAACCCAACUUGAUAAUUACAUUUAAGCGCCAGAUGUUAACAUCAAGGGUCGACAACAGUAUCUGUUAAAAUGUGUUGUUACAAAGCUUCAGCUCACAAGAGCCGCUGCUAUAAACCCGUCUUAGUACCAUGCUGUCUGUGAAGGCAAGAGUGGCCAUUCAGUUUUUAUCAUAAUCAUAAGAAGGUUUUAAUGAUGCCAAUGUCCCCAUUGUUAGUUGUCAGGAUUUAAGUUGUUUGAUUUUCCCCUUCCUAGGCAUGGUCCAGUGUCAGAUUUUCACACGACAACAUUACGCAGUGAAGAUAUUUGCUAAAAAAAUUAACUGUAAAGAGCACUGGAACAAUUUUAGUUUUGCCCAAUUCCAGUUUAUCAGGAUCAGGAGUCCUGCACGUUUUGGUUGUUGCCAAAUUCAACACUCCUACAUCAAACAAAUAGUUCAUUAGUUUGCCUCUGCAGAGCUAGAUGAGUUGUUGAGAAGGUAAUUCAGUAAUUUUUGUUGGAGCCGACACAUCUUAAACCUGCUAGGUAUCUGCACUCGAGAACCGGCGUAUGACAUCCAUGAUCUAAAUGCUUUUAUUUAAAACCAAACAGCAACAUUUAUUUCUACUGCUAAAAAUAUGACAUAUAGUGAAACUUUAAAUAUUAGCUGGUUAUCAGGCUAUCUGCUUUGGUAGAACCAGCAGUCCGCUGCUUGUAGCUUCCCAACUGCAGUUUAAAAUAGCGCCUCCUUUAGUUUCCUCAUCAAAUUGGUCUUUGCUGUAAUGGUGAAAAGUGACCCCUGGGUAUGGGCUGACCAGCAGUGAGCAGCAACAAGUUAGAGAAAGGCAGAGCUGUGCUAUGCUACAUACAGGCGGAGAAAAUUCAGGUACUUCUGCCACUAUCUCCAGUAACUCAGGACAAGGACUUUAAAUGGUAGGAACAGUGUGAGUGAAAAUUUGAAUGGUUUGUAAAACGUUGCUAUACUUUGUUAUCUGUGACCGGACCAUGUCUAGCACUUAAAAAUGAUGCAUAAGGAGUUUACAAAUGGAAAUCUUUUAAAACAAAUCUGUUGUCAGUAUUCUUAAGGCUAUUUGUGAAACUGUCACAGUUUACGGCUUUAAAUUGUCCCACAUUUUCCAGAGGUAACAAAAAAAAAAAAAAAAAAAAAAAUAUCAAUAUGUUUUUCUUUUACCAGAGAAGGUACAGUAUUGUCACUUGUAUUGAGGUUUUUCUCUUACAAACAGUAGUUAUUCUUAUCAGGAGGGAGCGCACAAUGACAGAGGCCUCAUAUUCCCACAAGUCAUUCCUAAUGGGGUCCAUUAUCACCUGAGGGGAUGACGGAGGGCAUCAUUAUCCAAAGUGCAAUCAGAAGCUCAUGAUAGAAGCAAUUCAGCAGGUGCCAUACCCUAGCUGCUUGGAAAACAGAGGAAAUCUUACCACAUUUGCCGAAUGGUUUUUCUCCUUAGAAUACCAUAACGAGCCUUGAAAGAAAACUGUUUAAGAGGAAAUAUAGAGCCCACACUUCAGCCUGGCUUUUUUGGCAUAAGUCAAAAUUAAUGUGCAUUUAUGGGCCCAAUGAGUUUUGACUUCAUUUUCAUUUGCCAGAGUGGGCUAUUUGGAAGCCUGCUAAUCACACACAGAAGAGUUUUUAGGACAGUAACAGCCAAAAAGCAGAAAGAAGCAGACUAACUCGCCUUUGACGGGUUUCCAUUCUUCACACUCGCAACUCGCAGGAAUGAAGCACUGUAUUUCUGGAGAUGGCGCAUCAGGUUUGAUUUUACUGCUACAGAAACUAGAUUUAUACCACAUGACUAAAAACAAGAUGUUCUAUGUUCUCUUAAUGAUAGUAAUAUUAUGUAAACUGCUUCUUUUUUUUAGAUGGAUUGCUGUAAGACCAGGUUUUGUAUCUAAACUCUAAGGGUUUGUAAGAAACUAACAGAAGUAUUUUGGACUCCCAUAAAUUCAUCUAUUUACUCUUCUUUCUGGAAUUUCCUUAACACAGAAAAGUAUUCAAGUCUACAUGAAGAAAAAUGCUCAAGACAGUUUUGAAUGAAGUCAAAAGAUGACAAUCAUGUCUGAAAUGGGGUCAUUUCAAACCUACGUAUUCUUAUGAUUAAACCGUGAACUUACCAGUUACCUUGAAAAACAUGUCAAGGCUUUAUAUCAUAAAAAGUUAAAGAUAACUUGAGCCUAACCUCAUAAGCUGAAAAAUGUUCAAAAGAGCUAGGCAAGGUAAAAUUGAAAUUAAUGCCAAAAAAAAUGUUUUAGGACGAUUUUUUUAACAAAGAAGCUGGGUGGUGUAAUACUACUGUGGAAGACAACUCAGGCUUUUUAAAAAAAACAUACACAAAAAUACUUGUUUCGAUUUGCUCAACUCUUUGGGUUCUCGGAUGUCUAAAAAAAUCAGUUAGUCCUGAAUAGGUAUUGAAUUAAGAUGAGUGCCAUCUCAGGUGACCAACGCAUAACACUGAAAAAUAACGUCCACCAUUCCUGGUCCCACAAGACUUAGGAGUGAAAGUAGCACCCAGGUUCUACUUAAAGGGCUUGACCCACUAGAACCUCCUGGACAAGCAUGUGUUCUUAUUCCGCUCAACCAACUUUUUCACUACAGCCCCAUAACAUGCUGGUUGAUACACUUUCUACUCAUAUGAAGACAAUAACUAAAACUAAAUUAUAAAAUGAUUUCUCAUUAGAAUAUCAAUGCAGUUUUUCUAUUCUUGGUGUCUCUGAAUGUUGAAAUUAUUGACACAGGGAAAACAGCAGAUCGCUCUUCACUAUAACUCUUGAACACAAGCUUUGUGUCCUUGUUUUUCUUUUUUUGCUCAUAAUUUAACCUGCUGCCUUCUUGAUAUGAUUUGGCUUUAGUCCAACCUUUAGCAGAGGGUAUUAUACAAAAAUCUGGGUUAAACACGGACAUUUGCAGAGACCCCUUCCAGGUCCUAGCAGGCGGAGUGUAAAGCAGACUGGAAUGUAUAAUUUAGGCUUAAGUUAAUCAUUUGCACUGGAAUGACUGACAAUAAGUGCAACCACAGCUAUAAAUGUGGCAUUCCCUCAUUCUACUUAGUGGAAGAUUAUUCCUAAAUGAAAAAUAUUUUAGAUAGUUUACAAUUUUCAGCCCAAAGACAGAAUUUACAGUGUUCAUAGGAAAAAUAACAAGAGCUCUAUCUCAGGCAACGUUCACACUGCAGGUCUUAAUGCAUAAUUCCGAUUUUUUGGUGAUAUCCGAUUUUUUUGCGUGGUCGUUCACAUUUCCAAAUAUAUGUGACUUGUGGUGAUCUCCUGUGUGAACGCAUUCAUACAACUCAAGUGUCCCGCAUGCGCAGUCGACGACGCAACGACAUCAUAUGCAGAGAGCGUGCUUAGUGUUUGCGGAAGUAAAUAAAUGUUGGACUGUACUUUGCAAGUUUUAAGUUGUUUUCCAACCAGAGCCAGUACAUUAACAACCAUGUCCGCCAUGGUUGUUGUUUUUCUUCCCGCUUCCGCAUAGCAGGAUCCAGAAUAGUGAUGUUUGUCGAGUAUCAAUGACGUACAGGUCGGAUGAAUGCGACCUGGCCGUACAGACACAGGUCGCAUUUGAAAAGAUCAGAUACAUAUCGGAUUUAGGACCACAUAUCCAAGUGGCCUGGGUCGCAUUUGAAAAAAACCGGAUCUGUGUCGUUCAGACUGUCAUAAAAAGUUUGGAUACAGGUCGCAUACGGGCAAAAAAAUCAGAUUUGGGUCACUUCAAGCUGCAGUGUGAAUAUAGCAUCAGAUGCUACAGGCCUCAGUUAGCAUCUUGACAGGAAUAUAAAAUAAACAAACAAACAAACAAACAGAAAAAGAUGGAUGGGUUGUUUGGAAGGAUUGAAGGAAAAAGCCUAUUCUGGAACAAUUUCCUUUAGACCAUAGUAGAGAUUUUUCACCAUAAUGGUUAUCACCAUGUUCAGAGGAAACAAAUUACACCAUAUCAGCAGAAACACCUCAUAACAGCACUAUUGUAGGGAGAUUUGAGGCCUGCUCAACAGUCACAGGGUCUGGACACUUCGCAGCUGUUGAUUAAAUCAUGAAUUCCACCAUGUGCUAAAGUAUUUUAGAGUCGAAUUUGAGGCCACCUGUUCAACAGCUGAAGCUUGUUCCGAACAAUCAUCAGAAAAGACAAAGUUAUACAACAGAAUGCCUGAAAAAGAGAAGAAUCACGGUGUUGCAAUGGCUCAAUCAAAUUCCAGACCCUUACCUGAUUGAAACACCAUGAGGGGAACUUCAGAGAGGUGUACUAAUGACAGCAAAGCUAAAUGAACUGAAGCAACGCUUGAAAGAAGAGUGGGCCAAAACUCCUCCACAACAAUGUAAGGGACUUAAAGUCAGACAGAAAACAGCUUACGGCUAUCAAGUGGUUCUACAAACUGUUAAUUCAUGGAGUGAACAUAGAUUUUCCACACAGUGCUUUCAUUAUUAGGGUUGUUUUCUAAAAAAAUUAUGAAAUGAUCUAAUAUGUUGUGUGUUGUUGUUAAUCUGAGGUGGUAUUAUUCUGAUUUUCAAUUCAAUUCAAAAAUACUUUGUGAAAUUUUAAGGUCUGACGAGAACCACAUGAUGCAUUUUAUGCCAGAAAAUGUAAAACAUCACACUACAUACGGCCUGAUUAUCUCAUAGUACAAAAAGAAUCAAUACUAAUCAAGAGGGUUACUGUGGUGAUUUAAAACAAAAAAUAAUAUUCUUUUCUCAUUAACUAAAUGUAAGUUAGGUGAUUCGUGAGGUUCAGCUUAUUCUUCAUUUAGGAUUACUCCGUGUUAUCCGUGAAUAUUUUUAAUAUUUGCCAAAGUGGGUGAUUCUUCAGUUAGAAGAGACAACAUGUCUGAUGCAUAUCACUGUGUUGAAGUGGAUUGGUCGAAGAAAAUUCACAGUUUUUUUCCGCUGGAAGGUUUUUAACUCCCAUCUAAACAGACUCUACAUAUAUGUUUUAUAUCGGUGUCAGUAGUUGAUCUUGUGUUUCAAUUUGGUUUUCACACUGUGCUUAACAUCCUGACUGAGUGAAGACCCUGAGGUUACAAUUGGUCAACUAAGCAGAGGUGGUUUUUAUGUUCAAACUCCAGCAUCCUGAAAUGAGAUGAAGACGUGAACUGUUAUUGCUUAUCGUCCGUCACAAGUCCAUCUCUGUGGGAAAUCCUUAUUUUAUUUAUGAAUAUGCUACUUGGAGUUUCUUAAUCUUUAAUAAAGAAAUAUGGUUUACA